AUGGAAGUUUUCGGAAAUUUUUUGAAUUGGGCUGAUAAGCUUAUUUUUGGAGGAGAUCAGGAUUCCGCUCCGCCAGUCCCAACUGAGCAGACUGUAGCUCCGCACAACCUUCACACAAUUCAAUUCGAUAUAACCCUAAAACCUAUUGAGGUUUUACCAGAUAUUGUACCAAUAAUUGAUGACACCGCUGAUUCAGACCUUACACCCAUUUUGGAUGAACUUUUGAACAGUUUCAUAGAUGAUACCGAUGACUAUGGCACUACAGAUUUUCCAAUUCCUGAUGUCAAUUUGAGUAAUGAUAUAAGCUCAACCAUCAUUGCUGAAGACAAUGGAAAUUCUAUUGUCAAAGUCGUAGAAGAUGCGACUGGUAAAACUGUAGAGUUGUGGCAUGAAGUUGUUGCUGAAACUACUACAACUGCUAAUAAGAUCCUAAAUACAACAAAAACUGCUAGUAGUUCAGCAUCUGAAGUCAGUUAUGUCAAUGAUUAUGUUAUAGCCGCUUUGGUUUUGAUUUUGGUUGUGAUUGCUUGUCUUGGAGUGCUUUUUUGGUGCAGGAGCAACAGAUUGAAAACAGAAAAAAGAAAUAAAUACCCAGUUAUGGCUGUUGUCAAUAAUGAAUAUAUGAAUCCACAGAUGUUGAAGAAUAAUGAUAAAUUGAAAAACAUACCUUAA